AUGCAUCAGGCUCCAGUGAUGCUGGGCUUUGGAGACUUAUGUUUGAGCCCUGGAGCAUGGGAAUGUGGCUGGAAGCUGGCGAGUAGACCCAUGGUGACAGCAGAGCGUGUGGCUACCAAGAGACUGGGCAGUCAGGUUGCAGCCGAGGGUUCGGGGCCCAGUGACAGUGGUGGCAGCUGGACGUCGUUGUCUUCACAGUAUCGUUCGACACAGUGGACGCCGCUGCUGCUGGCGGCGCUGGUGCCGCUGUGCUCCGGGUGGCUGAUUCCUGGGAUCGCGUCGCUGCUGCAUGCCAAGGCCUACCUGCUACGCCAGUUCACCGGCAAGAUCUUCCAGAAGCCUGCAGUCCACAUUGCCAAGAUACACGUCUACCCCGCCUACCCCGCCAGGACGAUAUACUACCCUCCGAGGCCGGUCUACCGACCGCCGCCCCCGGUCUACGGCCCACCCCCGGCUUACGGCCCACCCCCUGUCUACGGGCCGCCUCCGUCGUACGGGCCGCCCCCAACGACCACGACGACGACGACGACUUCGCCGCCAGAGACAUUACCUCCGGAGACUGAAGCUCCGCCUCCCCCGGAGGCGCCUUAUGCACCGCCACCGCCACCGGAGUCGUCGUACGGGCCUCCACCGCACGAAGAGGUGUUCACGGAACCUCCUCCACCUCCACCGUCGUAUGGCCCGCCCCCGUCAUCCUACGGCCCACCACCAGUGACGCACGGGCCGCCUCCUUCGUCUUACGGACCACCCCCUUCGUCUUACGGACCACCCCAUUCGUCUUACGGUCCGCCUCCGACAACGUAUGCGCCACCGCCGUCGUCUUACGGGCCGCCUCCCUCGUCAUACGGCCCACCCCCAGCGUAUGGAGUUCCCAGAUGAGAGCGAGGUGAGAGACAGAUGACUUACGCUGGAGAACACCUCAGCCAGCUUCCAUUUCUCCAUGGAGAACCUGCCGCAGCCGUCGCCAGUGCGGAUCUGCCAAUCUGUUUUUUAUUUUGCAAUAAAAAUCCAAAAUCUU